GAGGUUUCUGGGCUUGCUUGCGGGGCGCACUUCCUUUUUGUCCGACAUCUUAGCGAGGCGGCAGUGGUCGCAGUUGCUCUCCGGCCUUCGCUAUGCCGCCCAAGGACGACAAGAAGAAGAAAGAUGCCGGAAAGUCGGCCAAGAAAGACAAAGAUCCAGUGAACAAAUCUGGGGGCAAGGCCAAAAAGAAGAAGUGGUCCAAAGGCAAAGUUCGGGACAAGCUCAAUAACCUAGUCUUGUUUGACAAAGCAACAUAUGACAAACUCUGUAAAGAAGCUCCCAACUAUAAGCUUAUAACUCCAGCUGUCGUCUCUGAGAGACUGAAGAUUCGUGGUUCCCUGGCCAGAGCAGCCCUUCAGGAACUCCUUAGUAAAGGACUUAUUAAACUGGUUUCAAAGCACAGAGCUCAAGUGAUUUACACCAGAAACACCAAGGGUGGAGAUGCCCCAGCUGCUGGUGAAGAUGCAUGAACAGGUCCCACCAGCUGUAUAUUUUAAAAAAUAAAACUUUAUUAAAUCAAAAAAAAAAAAAAAA